AGUAAUUAGUACUUAUGGGUUCUCUAUAUUCCAUUUUUAGAAACUUAAUCUAACAUGUUUUUGGGGGUUUUCUUCUAUAUAUAUCCUUCUGGGUUUCAUAAUUUACAUUUUUUAAGAACUUCAUUGGGGUUUUUAAAGUAAUCCCUCUCCUGGGUUUUCUUUGCAAAAUCUGUCAUCUUUCUAGUGUUGGAGCACUUCUUCAAUCCUUCACGGGGUGCAGUGGUGGACGAUGAUUUAGGCAAAGCUAGGACAUGGUGAGAGGGAAGAUUGAGAUGGAAAGAAUUGAGAAUAACUCAAGCCGGCAAGUGACCUUCUCGAAACGUCGAAAGGGGUUGUUAAAGAAAGCUUAUGAGCUUUCGGUUCUUUGCGAUGCUGAAGUUGCAGUCAUCAUCUUCUCGCAAAAAGCCAAGAUCUAUGAGUUCGCCAGCUCUGACAUGCAACGGACUAUAAAUCGAUAUCAUAAACAUGAAAAUGGAUCAGGGCAAACCAACAAGGUUGAAGUGGAACAAUAUGUGCAGCACUUGAAGCAUGAAGCAGCUAUUAUGACCAAGAAGAUAGAGAUCCUAGAAGCUUCUCAACGGAAGCUUUUGGGAAAUGAUUUGGAUUCUUGCGUUGUUGAAGAACUCCAGGAGAUCAGUAGCCAGCUGGAACGAAGUUUACGCAGCAUAAGAGAGAGAGAGGCUCAAUUACUCAUGGAGCAGAUGGAAAAUCUAAAGGCAAAGGAGACGCUCCUCUUACAAGAGAACGCAAAAUUACGCGAAGAGAGUGGUGCGAAGCUGUUGAUGGAGCAUUCAGCUCAAGAAAAAAGAGGUUCUGCUUCUGUAAGCUGUGAAAAAGCAGGAGCUUCUGCUUCUGUAAACUACUGGAAACAAAGUAUCAUGAGUUCUGAGGUGGAGACCGAAUUGUUCAUUGGACCGCCAAUAAUGCGCUCUGUUGAUCGCAUCGCAGUCUAUAGCAACAUACAUCAGAUAAAUAAUAAUGCUUGUCAAUCAUCUCUAAAGACAAUCCCAUAAAAAUUAAAAUAAACAAGAAAUGCAAUGGAUACCGGUCUUUGGUAGGCCGUGCUCUUAGAUUAAUAAUAUUAAUAAGGUCAAACAAUAAAAGAUCAGAAGGAAAUUUAUAAUUUCCUAUGAUUUUUGAGCCAGAUGUAUAAUUUUAUGUAUAUGCUUAAAGCGUCAGGUUGUAGCACCAUAUUAUUUGCUUUCAAUGUAUGAGUAAUGGUUGUGUUAAUUUCCACCGAAAA